AUGCUCUUCCUAAUAUUUUUCAUCGCCGUAGUGGUGCUGCUUUUCUGGAAAUGGCUUGAUUAUCGUUCAUUGGAGGAAGUUCAAGGUUCUGUUAAAUCUGUCCUCAGCGGCAACGGACAACAUAUCAUCUCUAAUUUGUUCCAGGUAAUCAGAUUUUUUAAAUGUUUUUUUUUGGCUCUUUUUAUGUAGUAAAAACUAUGCAGAAUACUAACUAAACUCAUUUAGGUUGAUGAAAAGUCAAAAAGACAUGGAGGAGAGCUCGUCGCAUCGGUUUUGAAGGUCAGAAAAUUUAUAAAGAUAUCUGAAUUUUAAAAAAAUUUGAUUCCAGUCGCAUGGAGUUCAAGAGAUUUUCGUUUUGUGCGGCGGCCACAUUUCACCGAUUUUGGUUGCUGCCGAGAAGCUCGGAAUCAAGAUUUUCGAUACUCGUCAUGAGGUAUCUUACAAAAUGCCAGGCACUUUAUCGGUUAAUAGAAGUUCAGAAAAACGCUCAAGGAUUUUCUGAUACAUGUUGAAUCAAGUUAAAAUGAUGGUUACAAAAUUAAAAAGCUACAAAAAACAUAAUCUUAAUUGGAAAUUGAAUAAUUUCCAUGUAAUUAUUACUUGCCGAGAAAGGAUUUGAAAAUUUUUGGUGGUUCAUGUUGUUAAGUCUGAAGCAUAUCAUAUUUCAUAUUAGAAUCAGUUUUGAAAAAAAAAGGAGAAAGAAAAACCUUUUUCUACUUUAUGCGGCCUCAGAGUCUUUAAAAACUUCUUUUCUUGAGGUGACCGCUGUUUUCGCAGCAGACGCCGUGGCGCGUCUCCGUCAAUCCAUCGGAGUGGCCGCCGUGACGGCCGGACCCGGCCUCACCAACACAAUCACGGCCGUCAAGAACGCCCAGAUGGCUGAGAGCCCGCUUCUGCUCAUUGGCGGAGCUGCUCCAACUCUCCUCAAGGGCAGAGGAGCGCUCCAGGUUUGUACAUCGACGUGUAGAUGACCCUUGUAAAAUUUGCACUUUCUAGUAAAUGAGGCCAGAAGACGGUCAAGCCUUCACUUGAAGAUAUCCUCAGAACGUGUGCACCAUUUUUCAAGAUUUUCCUAUUUUCAUAGGAAUUUUUUAAACUGAAAUAGUUUUUUCCUUUCAUUUACUAGGUAAAAAACGUCUUUUCAUGGCUUCUGUGUGCAACGGAAUUUGUUACCCGAUGAUACUUUUUUUGGUAUGGAAGAAAUUUUCAGAUUUUCGAUAUCUUCUCUAGAUUUUCAGUUGAAUUAAAGUUUAUUUGAGGCUGAGAACUUCUGGAAUACAGUCCAAAAUAUUUAGUGAAUAGAACGAGAUUUUUUUUAAUUUUUUGGCUUAAAAAAAUUUUGCUGCCUCUAAGACUGAAGCUGAAAUCCUCAAAAAGGCUUAUUUAGCUGAAAAAAACUUUUUUUGAUUCCAAUUUUUUUUUUGGAAACUCGGGAGUUUUGCUGCCAGAGCCUUUCAGAAUUAAAAUCAUAAGCACAACUUUUUCGGUAAACUUAAACUUUAAGCGGAAAAUUCCAACUGCAUAUAAAAUGAAAUCACUUUUUAAUAAGAAUGAUAAAAGAGAAUUUUACUGUUUCACUAUUUCAUUUCAAGUACGAAAAAAUUCAAAGGCGAGUGUUGCAAUUUGUUAGCAGCAGUAGAUUUCUGGAUUUCCCACAAAAAAAAACCUAUAAUUUUGCAGGAUAUUGACCAAAUGGUCCUUUUCAAGCCGCUUUGCAAGUACGCGGCGCGCGUCGAACGCCUUCGCGAUAUCGUUCCAACUUUGAAGGAAGCCAUCAAGGUCUCAAAAAACACGCAAAAUCUCUAUCUUAUACUAAAUCCAGGCGGCGAAGUCCGGCUGCCCUGGACCAGUUUUUGUGGAAUUCCCAGUCGACGUCCUUUAUCCUUAUGAACUCGUCGUCAAAGAAAUUGGGUUCAAUCCCAACGCCAAAGGUUUCAUCCAGGUAAAUUGAAGAAAAAAUAUAAAGAAAAAAUAAUCAUUUUUCAGAAAGCCCUGAAUUACUACCUUCGUUGCCACGUUUCUCGUCAGUUCGGUUCCGCCUGGUUCCCACAGGAUAUCACUCCGAUUCCGUCUUCGAUUCCUAUGCCAAAAUCAGAAGAUGUUGGUUUUUUUUUGCUCAAACGAAGGAAUCGGCUAGAAAAUUUUCAUCUGAGGGCCAAAGAGGAACCGAAAGGUUCCGCUAAAAGCUCCUUAAAAAACUUAAAAAAAUGUUUUUGAACCCUUUCUGAUCAUUUUUUCUAUCUUUCUGAAUUUUCAAAGUUGCAAGUUUCUUUUAAAAUUACCGUUACCGAGGUGAGGAAAAAAGUUAUGACCGUAUAAAGUUUGAAGAAUUCAUUCACGAUCGCAAAAAGUUCAAUAAUUGAAACUUUAGGUGAUGAAAAUCGUGGAGCUGGUUCGCCAAGCAAAGCGACCCGUUCUGCUUCUCGGAAGUCAGGCAACUUUGCCGCCAAUCAAGUGCGAAGACCUCGCCAAGGCUGUUGAGGUUGAGAAACACUCCGAAAAAAACCUGAACAAUUUAUUCAGUCCCUGGGCAUUCCCGUGUUCCUUGGAGGAAUGUGCCGCGGGCUUCUGGGCAAGGAUCAUCCCUUGCAGUUCCGUCACGUUCGUCGUGACGCCCUGAAGGACGCUGACCUCACUAUUCUUGCCGGUUUUUCACUUUUCUCUUUCUUGAGCAUGCUAAAUCGUUGGAUAUGUCUUUGAAAUAUCUUGUUUAUCACCUGAAAAAUAUUGAUUUAUUUAUGGAAUUUUUUCUUACAAGGAUAUUAUUUUCGUGUAAAUUUUUUUUUUUGAAAAUUCGCUGUAAUUUCACUUAAGGGGUCAGAUUAGAAUGGAUCAUAGUCGCUAGCUGCUAAAUUAUCUAUUUUGAAAUAUGCUUUCUCAAAUUCGUAUUCAUCACAGAAUAUGUGCUAAAACCAUCAUUUUACAACUUGGAAAAUCCCCAAAACUAAAAGUUUUCAAAGGUAGCUACUAUGACCGGUUUUUUUUAGACCUUCAGAGAAUUUUCGAGUAAUAUUUUUACAAGUUUUGCAUCAAAAUGAGCUUUCCCCUUUAGGAACCGUCGCCGACUUCCGACUCUCCUACGGAAGGACCUUGUCGAAGAAGUCGAAGAUCGUGGCGAUCAACCGAAACCGACAGCAGCUGACCAAGAACGAGAAGGCCUUCUGGAAUGCCGACGUCUCCGUCCAGGCCGACGUCGCCACGACGCUCGUCAAUGUCGCUUCUAGCGUUGGCGUGAGUUUUGUGGCGAUUUCUCGGGUUUGAGACAGAACAGGACCCAUAAGAAAAAUAGUCUGGACAGAAAAUGAGCUUGCAUUUAGCGAAUGAAUGUUUGCUCCAAGGGUAGAUCGAAUAAUUUGAAAUUGUAAUUUUUGCAGGACUUUUUUCUCUUGUUCAUAUGAUAGAGUAUGAAAACGACGCCGUAAAAGGUUGAAUAUUCGAAAAAAAAAGACUUUUUUUAGAGUUCGAAAUCAUGAUACGGUUAUAAUAUUUUUCUAAAGUAGAAAAAAAUGUUUUUUUAUUAUUUUUUUAUUCUUGCUUCAGUACCUAUUUUUACUGAGCUUUUCCAUCCUCUACGCUUUUUUCAGCUUUCAUCUUCUCAUUUACAUAUUUCAGUCGGGCCGCAACAAGCCAGAAGAAUGGAUCACUCAAUUGCGACAGAAAGACAACGAAAAAGAGGCGGCGAACGAGAAGAAAAUGUCGGAAGAACUCGUCAACGGCUACUUGAAUCCCCUCAGUUUUCUCUCCAAGUUUGAUAAGGUAUCUUUUUCUCUCAGUAAAUUUCCAAACCUCAAAAAAAGAAAAUAUUUUUAGAUCCUUUUUUUCUUUCUAGUGUUGAAAUUUGAAAAAAAUGCGAAGGAAGAUUAGGAAAAAAAGAAAAAUUCAAAUUCAAAAAUUCAAUUUUUUUAAAAAAAAGUAUGUAAAACAAAAGUAUUUUUGAAAAGGAAAAACCAUUUUUUUCGAACUUUUUUUCAAAGUAUCCACAGUCUACUAUAAAACGACAUCAAAAUAAAUUUUUUUAAUAAAAAAAUGCUCUAAAAAAACUGUGGUAGAAAAAAAGACAAGAUGAGAUUUCCUGUCAAGAAAAUGAGAAUUUUUGAUGUUACUUUCGACUUUUUCAAACGCCUUCCAAUUUUUCAGACUCUUCCCGAUGACGCGAUUCUCGUGGCGGACGGCGGCGAUUUCGUCGGCUCAGCCGCGUACAUCGUCAGGCCCCGCGGACCUCUCCAGUGGCUGGAUCCUGGAGCCUUCGGAACCCUCGGAGUUGGCGGCGGCUUUGCUCUCGGAGCCAAGGUUGCUACAACGAACUUUUUUUUUUGGAAAGUGAUAAUAAUGCCGUUUUCAAAGUAGUUUCAAGUUGUAAGAUGACUUUUUUUUUCUCGAAAAUCUUUUUACAAUCAUAUCACUGUGGGAUAGGAUCCUACUUCUUUCAAUUUUCUCUCAUUUCCUCGAUUUCAAUCAUUUUUCCUCAUAGGCAUGAAGUUAGAAAAUGAUUUUCCUUCGAAUUUCAUUACAAAUUGGAAGUUUCAGGUUGUUCACCCAGACCGACCGGUCUACAUCAUCUGGGGCGACGGCUCCUGCGGAUACUCCCUGAUGGAAUUCGACACAUUUGCGCGCCAUCGACUUCCAGUCAUCGGAGUCGUCGGAAACGACGCCUGCUGGACUCAGAUCGCUCGAGAACAGAUCCCCAUGUUCAACAGUUCUGUCGCCGUCGAUUUGGCUGUCAGUUUUUUUUUAAAUUAUUAUAGAUAGGUCCGUAGAGAGAUUAAAAUUAAGAAAAUAUGAACUUCUGUGUUCAUUCUUCAUUCGGGAUUCUUUUCAAAAAAGUUCAAAACUUCAUUCGGGAUUAUAGUCCUUUUCACUUGACAAAACUUCAGAACGCCCCUCUAUUUCUAGUUUCCAAAAUUAUGUGAAAUAGUGAAAAAAGUAUUCUUCUCAUCUUAAUAAUUAUUGCUCAUAAUCGAAACGAAUCUAAAAAAAAAGACGGCGAGAGAGAAUAAAAUUCGAAAUUAACCAUUUACAGUACCGCUCAAAAGUCUAUUAAGUUUUUGGUUUUUUUGGGGAUAAAUUUUUUUGAAGUGCGAUAUCGAUUCAAAUUUUUUUCAUAGUUUUUCUGAGAGAGACAUACGUGUUCUGGCAAAAUUUCAAGUUGCUAGCUCAAAGAAUAAUAAUUUUUUUCGAGAAAAAAACGAAUUUUUCGAAAAAAAUCGAAUUUUUUUGCUAUUUUUCAAUUAAAAAAAUCAUAGCUCAACAAAAAAUUUUUUUAUCAACACAAAACAUUGUUAAAACAAUAUUCGGGACCUAGUACUUGGUUGCGAAGCCCCUGGCGUCAAUCACUGCCUGGCAUCUUCUCUGCAUAGAAUUGAGCAAAGUGUCGAUGGUAGACAUGGGGAUCUGA